AGUCUGGAAAAAAACAACUACUCUGUCUCCCAAAUAGAUUUUCGUAAAUAACUGACAGGAGAUGGUCUGCUUUAUGGAAGUAUUAACCCAAGUGAUGGGUGUUAAUUAUUAAACCUUUUAGAUGGUGGCUCGCUGAUUUCUCUGAUAUUCUAAUCCGGGUCACAGAAUGGCUAAGGCAGCUUUAAGCAGAGAGUGGAUUUUUUUUUCUCACUUUGUCUUCUGUUUUCGACUCUGAAAGAAUGUUGUGGCCGCUCUUUUUCCUGGUGACCGCUAUUCACGCUGAACUCUGUCAUCCAGAUGCAGAAAAUGCCUUUAAAGUAAGACUUAGCAUCAGAACAGCUCUAGGAGACAAAGCAUAUGUCUGGGAUACAAAUGAAGAAUAUCUCUUCAGGGCAAUGGUGGCAUUCUCCAUGAGAAAAGUUCCCAGCAGAGAAGCAACAGAAAUUUCCCACGUCCUGCUUUGCAAUGUAACCCAGAGGGUGUCAUUCUGGUUUGUGGUCACAGACCCUUCAAGAAAUCAUACUCUCCCGGCUGUUGAAGUGCAGUCGGCCAUAAGAAUGAAUAGGAACCGGAUCAACAAUGCAUUCUUUUUGAAUGAUCGUACCCUGGAAUUUUUAAGAAUUCCUUCUACUCUUGCACCACCCAUGGAUCCAUCUGUGCCCAUCUGGAUUAUUGUAUUUGGUGUGAUAUUUUGCAUUGUCAUAGUUGCAACUGCACUACUGGUUUUAUCAGGAAUUCGGCACCGUAGAAGGAACAACAAAGGACUACCUGGACUGGAUGACGCAGAAGACAAAUGUGAAAACACAAUCACUGUUGAAAAUGGCAUCCCCUGCGAUCCCUUGGACACUAAGGGAGGGCACAUUAAUGAUGGCUUCUUGACAGAGGAUGAGCGCCUCACUCCUCUCUGAGGGUCACAGAUGCACCUAUGUGAUUGUUAUGCAUACUGAGAGCAGAUUGUUUUGUUUCAACAUUCUUUGUUUGUAAGAGAUUUGUAAUAUGCUUCAUAGGCAAUGAAUUACUCCCAUAAAGAUUACUAAAAUCAUAAGGUGUUGACUACUCAAAAUAUUCUAGAAUAUUUUUUGUGACAGCCAUGU